AUGGGACGGAGGGGAGAGUCGACGGAAGGUAGCAAUAGUACAAGAAGAGGCCUUGCUAGGCGUGGUGGUAGUAAAUGCCAAGCCACGAACCCUAUCGACCAAUGUUGGAGGUGCCAAAGAAAUUGGGAAAGAAAUCGCCGGAAGCUCGUGGAUUGUGCCCUAGGGUUCGGUCGCCACGUCACCGGAGGCAAGGCCGGUAGGACCUACGUGGUGACCAACUCUGCAGACGACGAUUUGGUCAAUCCUAAAAAAGGAACCCUAAGAUACGGUGUGAUUCAGAAAGAGCCGCUCUGGAUCAUAUUCGCGCGCAGCAUGGUCAUUAGGCUAUCGCAGGAGCUUAUAAUGACGAGCAAUAAGACGAUUGACGGGCGGGGGGCGCAGAUCCAUAUAGCGAACGGUGCGGGCUUAACCAUACAAUACGUAAGCAAUGUAGUCAUACAUAAUAUCCGAAUACACGACAUUAAGGCGGGCAACGGGGGGCUAAUUAGGGAUUCGGUUAACCACUAUGGUUACCGUAGUAGAAGCGACGGCGAUGCAAUCUCUAUGUUUGGAGCUACGAAUGUUUGGAUUGAUCACGUUUCUUUGUCUAAAUGUGUCGAUGGCCUCAUUGAUGCAAUUGAAGGUUCCACGGCAAUCACCAUCUCCAAUUCCCAUUUUACGCACCACAAUGACGUGAUGUUGUUCGGAGCAAGCGACAGCUAUUCGGGCGACCAAGUGAUGCAAAUAACAGUAGCAUUCAACCACUUUGGGAAGGGAUUAAUUCAAAGAAUGCCUAGGGUUCGAUGGGGUUUCGUCCACAUAGUUAACAAUGACUACACUCGUUGGGAAAUGUACGCCAUUGGAGGUAGCCAACACCCCACCAUACUCAGCCAGGGCAACAAUUUUGUUGCUCCUCAAGAUCGUUUCGCCAAAGAGGUGACGAAGAGAGACUACGCACCGGAGAGCGUGUGGAAGAAUUGGGUAUGGAAAUCGGAGGGAGAUGUAAUGAAGAAUGGUGCAUUUUUCAAACAAUCCGGAGAUCCGAAACACAAGUUUGCACUGGGCUACGGUACCAUCGCUCCUAAACCCGGAGGAUACGUGCCCUCCCUCACCAAAUUUGCGGGACCUCUAAAAUGUAUCAAGGGAAGACCUUGUUAGCUAUAUA